AUGUGCUUGCCAAACAAAAAGUUGCGGCAGCCUUGUGGACGGCAUCGACAGGGCAAGGCAAGCGCAAACAGUGAAAUCCCCGCCAUUCCAUCUGUCUUGUGCAGAAUCUCUCACCCCAUCUCUGCACUCACUCCUCUCACCUUCGGAAUGGCCGAUCAAAAGGGCACGAAGCGAUCGAGCGUGGAAAGCGACGCCCAGGACUCGAAGCGCAUCAAGACCGACGACAAGCCCAACCCAUAUCUCGCCCACCUCAACAUGGACGGCGCCAACGACUUCAAGUCGCCUCUCGACGAGAUGGAGCGCCACAACACCACCGCCCUUCAGGCCGCGAAGGCUGAGGACUCGGACAUCAACCCCUGGACCGGCAAGCCGCACUCGGAGAACUACUUCAAGAUCCUCAGGACUCGUCGCGACCUGCCCGUCUCCAAGCAGCGCGAAGAGUUCCUCGAGCUCUACCACAAGACCCAGAUUCUCGUCUUCGUCGGUGAGACUGGUUCCGGCAAAACCACACAGAUCCCUCAGUAUGUUCUUUACGACGAAAUGCCACACCAGACCGGCAAGCUCAUUGCUUGCACACAGCCUCGUCGUGUCGCCGCCAUGUCGGUCGCCCAGCGUGUCGCAAACGAACUCGAUGUUGAACUGGGUCAGGAAGUCGGUUACAGCAUUCGUUUCGAGAACAGGACCGGCCCCAAGACUCUCCUCAAGUACAUGACGGAUGGUCAGCUGCUGCGCGAGGCCAUGCACGAUCCCAACAUGAACCGGUACAGCUGCAUCAUUCUCGAUGAAGCUCACGAACGUACGCUCGCCACCGAUAUCCUGAUGGCCCUCCUCAAGGAGAUCGCCCACAGAAGAAACGACCUGAAGAUCAUUGUCAUGUCUGCCACGCUCGAUGCGCAAAAGUUCCAGUCCUAUUUCAGCUUGCGGAAGGAGGACCCUCCUGCCCCUUUGCUCGCCGUUCCCGGUCGCACACACCCUGUCGAGAUCUUUUACACCCCCGAACCCGAGCGAGAUUACGUCGAGGCCGCCGUCAGGACAGUUCUUCAGAUUCAUGCGGUUGAGCCCGAGGGUGACAUCCUGCUCUUCCUGACGGGUGAAGAGGAGAUUGAGGAUGCCUGCCGCCGGAUCAGUCUGGAGGUGGAUGAUAUGGUCAGAGAAUCAGACGCUGGUCCGCUGGCCAUCUACCCUCUUUACGGUACUUUGCCACCACAUCAACAACAAAAGAUCUUCGACAAGGCCCCCGAGCCAUUCCGGAAGGGGGGUCGUCCCGGCCGCAAGUGCAUCGUGGCGACCAACAUUGCCGAAACCUCGUUGACGAUCGACGGUAUCGUCUAUGUCGUGGACCCUGGGUUCAGCAAGCAAAAGAUCUACAACCCUCGCUCUCGUGUGGAAUCGCUCUUGGUUUCUCCCAUCUCCAAGGCCUCGGCCCAACAGAGAGCUGGUCGUGCCGGUCGUACCAGGCCGGGAAAGUGCUUCCGUCUCUACACCGAGAAGGCCUUCAAGAAAGAGCUUAUUGAGCAGACUUAUCCUGAAAUUCUCCGGUCUAACCUCUCCAACACCAUUCUUGAACUCAAGAAGCUUGGUGUCGAAGAUUUGGUGCACUUUGACUUCAUGGACCCACCAGCCCCUGAGACCAUGAUGCGCGCCCUCGAGGAACUCAACUACCUUGCCUGUCUCGAUGAUGACGGUGGUCUCACUAAGCUUGGGAGCUUGGCGUCUGAGUUCCCCUUGGAUCCCGCUCUGGCCGUCAUGCUCAUCUCUUCUCCCGAGUUCUACUGCUCCAACGAGAUCCUCUCCAUCACCUCGUUGUUGUCGGUACCUCAAAUAUGGAUCCGUCCCAACAACAACCGCAAGCGUGCCGACGAGAUGAAGGCCCAGUUUGCCCACCCCGACGGCGACCACCUGACGCUUCUCAACGCCUACCACGCCUACAAGGGCGCCGAGCAAAACGGCGAGGACGUCAAGAAAUGGUGCCACGAGCACUUUUUGUCGUUCCGUCACCUGUCCUCUGCCGACAAUGUCCGGGCUCAGCUCAAGCGCAUCAUGGAAACGCACGAGAUUGAGCUCGUGUCGACGCCGUUCAACAACAAGGACUAUUACACCAACAUUCGGCGGGCGCUGCUGGCGGGGUUUUUUAUGCAGGUCGCCAUGAGGGAGAGCUCGAAUAGCAAGAUUUACAAGACAGUGAAGGACGACCAGAUGGUGAUGAUUCAUCCGAGCACGGUGGUGUCGAGCCCGUAUGAUUGGGUGGUGUACAAUGAGUUUGUGCUCACGACGAAGCAGUAUAUCCGGACGGUGACGAAUGAAAUUGCGCCGGUUUAUUAUGAUGUUGAUACUUUUGAGAAGGGGGAGAUCAAGUCUGCGCUGGUGAGGUUGACGGAGAAGGUGAAGAGGAGGCAGGCUAUGAAGGGGGGGUAUUGA